AUGUCAUCCGCCAACUCGACCGGCGCGCGCAUGAAGGACUGCACCGAGGUCUCCUUCGCAUGCCCCGUCGAAGGUACCGUCCUAGGCUACUACCCCAACCUCGGGUCCGGCAUCUUCUUCGCCAUUGCCUUUGCGCUGUGCCUCUUCGCCGCCGCCGGGCUGGGCGCCUGGAAGCGCACCUGGACGUACUGCGCGGCCAUAACCGUGGGGCUUAUCCUCGAGACGGCAGGCUACGUCGGCCGCAUCCUCCUCCACUACAACCCCUGGAAUAACGGCGCCUUCGAGCUGCAAAUUUGCGCCAUCAUUCUCGCCCCGACCUUCAUCUGCGUCUCCGUCUACCUCACUCUCAAGCACGUCGCCCUGCACCUCGCGCCGCACCUCUCCCGCGUCCCUGCCGCCUGGUACCCGCGCAUCUUUCUCCCCGCCGACCUGACCUGCCUCAUCGUCCAGGCCAUCGGCGGCGGCAUCGCCGCCGCCGCGGGCCACGAGAACCGCAAGCUCCAGCGCGCGGGGAACCAGGCCAUCAUCGCAGGCGUCGCUCUCCAGGUCGUUGUCCUCGCCCUGUUUGGCCUCAUGGGCGCCGACUACUGGCGUCGAGCGAUUCGGUUCGUCCGCUCCGGAGAGGCGCCGCGGGAGACGCUCGCGCUGUGGAACAAUUCCAAGUUUCGCCAGUUUGUGUGGGCCGUCACGGCUGCGUACAUUGCCAUCCUCAUCCGUUGCGUGUACCGAAUCGUCGAGAUGAGCGGUGGCUGGGGCAACCACAUCAUGCAGGACCAACCCAGCUUCCUCGUCCUUGACGCCACCCUCGUGCUCAUCGCCGUCUACCUCCUCACCAUCUUCCACCCGGGCCUGUUCUUCCCGCAGAUGCGCAACGGCUACGCAAAGGAAAUGGCCAAGGCGAACUCCGCCGGCGGCGCGACUGGCACUGACGCCGAGCGCGACGGUGAGAGCGACGAGACCAAGAGCGAAGCGACUGGCGCGGCCAACAACAGGCGCAAGGUCGAGCAGCCGGCUUGA